GUUGUGUUUGAAUAUUGAAGUGAUAACCUCAUCUGUUGACCUCACGUUGUCAUGGUGUUGACCUGCAGGUGACCCGGAAGCUCUGAAGAAGAAGAGUUUCACCAUGAAGGAAGGAGUGGACUACAGAGUGAAGAUACACUUCAAGGUUAACAGGGAUAUUGUGUCUGGGCUGAAGUACGUCCAUCUGACCUACAGGAAAGGAAUCAGAGUGGACAAGGCGGUGUACAUGGUGGGCAGCUACGGGCCGCGGGUGGAGGAGCACGAGUUCAUGACCCCGGUGGAGGAGGCGCCCAAAGGCAUGAUUGUCAGAGGCAGCUACCACAUCAAGUCCCACUUCACCGACGACGACAAGACCGACCACCUCUCCUGGGAGUGGAACCUGGGGAUCAAGAAGGACUGGGACGAAUAGAGAGGAGCCUCAUUUCUCUCUCCCUCCUUCCAUCUCCCUGUGUCUCCACCCCUUCCUUUCCCCUUCCUUCCUUUCCCCUUCCUUCCUUCCUUGUCUCUCCCGUCUCCCCCACUUUCAUCCCUCCUUCCUCCAUCAAGAAGGACUGGGAUGGAUAGAGACCUCAUCCUUCUCUCCAUGCUUCCCUCUCCCCUUGUCUCCCCUCUCCCUCCUUCUCUCCCUCUUCAUUUAGGACUGUCUCUCCCUCUUUCUUCCUCCCCCCUCCCUGCUUCUCUCCCUCUUCAUUUAGAAGGACUGUCUCUCCCUCUUUCUUCCUCCCCCCUCCUCUCCUCCCUCCCUCCAAGGCCCACCUGUAUAAUAGUAAAAGACAGAGGCUGGUAUGAAAGGUGUAAACAGGAAGUUAGGUUAGGCACGGUCUAGAACGAGACAGAGAGGAUGUUGUCAUAAACCAAACCAGUAUCACAUCAUAGUAGACAACCGAACAUCGUGGGCUACAACCCAAAAUGGCCCCCUAUUCCCUAUAUAGUGCACUACCCGCAGGGCUCUGGUUAAAAGUAGUGGACUAUGUAGGGAA